UUGAGACCAAACUCCAGCAGAGAGAGGGCACCUGAGCAUGGAGGCGGUGGCCAGCGCGCUAGAGUUAUACCGGGGUCGGGACCGAUUAGUGCGCACCGUCUGCUACAGCGCCAGGCUGCUGGGCGGUCUGCAGUUGGCAUCGAGGAAUGGCCGCCCGGAACUGGACCGCCGGCUGCUGCGCCUGUCGCAGGAGCUCAGCAAUUGCCGAGCAACGCUGCGGCUCUUUGACGACCUGUCCAUGUUCCUGUACUCGCGAGAAUACGGCCUGGGCGCCGCGGAGGAAGAUGCUGUUGUUCGCUGGUUGUCCAUAGUUGCAAACAUGGCAGAUCAGCUCUUCUACCCCUGUGAGCACCUGGCUUGGGCUGCAGAUUACAAACUCCUCAGUGUCAACUCUAGCAAGUGGUGGACACUUAGUAAUGUGAUGUGGAGUCUGUCGCUGGUGCUGGGAACUUUACGAUCUUUAAGAGUUCUGCAGCUGCUGAAGAAAAAAUUGAAAAAGGAUCAAAAGGGCCACCUUGGAACAGAAGAACUGAGGGCACUACACAAGUAUCGGGUCCGGAAACGAGCAGAAACCCUCAACCUCAUCAGCAACCUGAGUGACCUGGCCAAUGCUGUGCAUUGGAUGCCACCUGGCUUCCUGUGGGCAGGACGCUUCCCAGAGUGGCUGGUCGGACUAUUGGGCACAAUCUCUUCCCUGAUCAGUCUCCGUCAGAUGUGUGUGAGCAAUGCCAGCAAGGACCCUUGAGAAGAUGGUUUUUUCACAUUGACCUGAGUCAAAUCUCUUGCCACAGAAAGAAAAAUCCAGUUACAUUUAUUCACCAGGGCUCUUUGAGAAGUUUUCAAGCUUUCCCCAUCACCUCGUGGACAAGACUUUGCAUCAAAGUGAGCAGUGAAAGUCUGGGAUCCAAUUUCUGACCUAUGCAGUGGAUUACUAAUCCUUCAGAGACUGGCUCUGGAUCACUGAUUUUUGCCAAUCAUGGUUAAGGCUUCACCAAGAAGACUUGAGAACUGGCAGACUCUAGGAGAGACAGCUUCCUGGAGAAGAGCAAAGGUUCAAUACCAGUCUGAAAUAAAGUUUGGCAGCCUGUGGAUGUAUUAGUUUAAUUCCA